GUUGUGUUUUGUUACCAUAGACAUUAACUAAAUGUCUUUUUAAUCAGACUGUGCUUGGUUGUCAGAAUUUAUAGUGACGUGAUGACAAUUGAAUUAUCAGAAACUGAAGACUGCAGACUCAAACAAGCUUUCACUUAAUGCCACCAGUCUGGAUUUGUUAGAUACUGGAGCUGAUUUUAUGUGACAUCUAUGGCGAAAUAAUGGCACCGUAAGAAAACAAGUAUUAGUUCUCAUCCAGUCUCACUCAUCCUAGUGGGAUGUUUGGUAAUGCCCUGUGUAUCCUGCGUUAUCUGCCUUAAAAUACUUUUGCUGCCAGUAGCUGAGGGGGUUAUCUGUCCCAGGCCCACAGGUAGGAAGGAGACGGACCAAAUCAAAUUGAGUGUGCAUAUGGUUGUAGCACAAGAUGGGGAGGUUUAUGGUGUACUCUGCCAUAGUGUUUGCCUCUGUGCUGGUGUGCUACUAUAACUCUCUAGGAUGUGGCUUUGUGUUUGAUGACGUCUCUGCCAUCAAGGACAAUAAAGACCUGCGACCUGAGACCCCCAUAAGCAGUCUUUUUUGGAAUGACUUCUGGGGGACUCCAAUGCACAAGGAGCAGAGUCAUAAGUCCUAUCGGCCUCUAUGUGUUCUCACCUUCAGACUGAACUAUUUGAUUAGUGGUUUGGAACCCAUGAGCUACCAUCUUGUCAAUGUACUUCUACAUGGGAUAGUCUGUAUUAUGUUCAUGAGAAUGUGCAUGCUGUUCCUGAGCGAGAAGAUGAGCUUUGUGGCGGCCAUGAUGUUUGCAGUCCAUCCAGUCCACACAGAGGCGGUCACUGGUGUGGUGGGUCGGGCAGAGACCCUGUCGUCUAUCUUCUACCUUGCUGCAUUCCUUACUUAUACCAAGUGUACUGGCAGGAAAAGCAUCACAGUUUGGAGCAAGCUUUACUUGACGUUGAUGUUUGUAGCCGUGGCAAUGUUGUGCAAGGAACAAGGCAUCACUGUGAUAGGAGUUUGCUGUGUUUAUGAGGUCUUUAUUGCUCAAAGAAUGACCUUGUCCCAGAUUUUGUAUAUCCUCUCCUCUAUUCUCCAUGGCAAGCCCGUCUUUCCUCCCUGGCUCAGAGCAGCCACAUUAAGAGCCUGCUUUCUAGUGGGCGGCACUCUCUUCUUACUCAUUGCUAGGAUCAAAGUCAUGGGGGCACAGCUGCCUGUUUUUACAAGGUUUGAUAAUCCUGCCUCAGUUGCCUCUACUCCAGACAGACAGCUCACCUUCAGCUACCUCCUGCCGGUCAACACCUGGCUCCUCCUCUGUCCAUCCUACCUGUGCUGUGACUGGACAAUGGGCACCAUUCCAUUGAUCAAGUCUUUGUUGGACAUCAGGAACUUAGCCACGGCAGCAUUUUUUAUAUCUCUUGGAAAGCUUGUGCAAUAUGCUUUGACAGAGAAUGGACCAAGAGCUAGAGCUGUGAUCAUGAGUCUUGCCUUUUUGGUGCUCCCAUUUAUUCCUGCCUCCAACUUGUUUUUCCCUGUGGGAUUUGUUGUUGCUGAGAGAAUACUCUACGCUCCUAGCAUGGGCUUUUGCAUGCUGACAGCCUUAGGAUUUGACAUUAUAUUGACAAAAGUCAAUGUGAAGAGCUUACUCUGGGCAGCUAUGGCCAUGCUGUUGGUGACACAUGGCUUGAGAACAUAUAUCAGGAAUAAUGACUGGGAAUCUGAAUAUACUCUAUUUAAAGCAGCAUUGAGGGUAAACCAAAAUAAUGCCAAACUGUACAAUAAUGUGGGCCAUGCAUUGGAAGCAGAAGAGAAGUAUGAAGAUGCACUCGGUUACUUUUUGAAGGCAGCAAGUGUUCAGCCAGAUGACAUGGGUGCACACAUCAACGUAGGAAGAACAUAUAAUACUUUAAAGAGAUUAGACGAAGCAGAAGCAGCUUUCAGAAGAGCUCUUAGACUUAUGCCUUCACCUAAAGCUGGCCAGAGUUACACUGCUCGCAUAGCCCCCAACCACUUGAAUGCCUUCCUUAAUCUUGCCAAUCUCAUCUCACAAAAUGAGUCACGGCUCCUGGAAGCAGAUGCUCUGUACAGAACUGCACUUAGUAUGAGGUCUGACUACACACAGGGCUACAUUAACAGGGGAGACAUCUUGUUAAGACUAAACAGAACAAAGGAGGCAGAGAACCAGUAUCUUACAGCAUUAAAGUAUGACAGUACCAAUGCAGACAUUUAUUAUAAUCUUGGAGUUGUGUGCCUUGAGCAAAGCAGACAUAAGGAAUCCAUGCGGUAUUUUAACAAAGCUCUGGAUAUAAAUCCUAAGCACAAGCAAACCCUGUAUAAUUCAGCUGUGCUUAUGCAAGAAUCUGGAGAUCCAAAACUACGCCCCGAAGCUUACAAAAGGUUAUUUAAAUUGAUGGAGAUUGAGCCAGACAAUGAGAAAAUGUACUUUAACCUGGGGAUGCUAGCAACAGAUGAUGGGGAGUUUGAGAAAGCAGAAACCUGGUUCAAGAGGGCCAUUGAGCUCCAAGACAAUUUUCGUGGUGCCUUGUUCAACCUUGCCCUACUCCUGGCGAAUGAUGUGAAGAGGCCUUUAGAUGCAGUGCCAUAUUUGAAGAAACUUCUCCAGUACUACCCUGACCAUACCAAAGGUCUGAUCUUAAUGGGAGAUAUCAACAUCAAUCAUCUCAAAGACAUUAGAGGAGCAGAAGAGAAUUUCAAGAAGAUUUUAGAAACAGACCCCACCAAUGUGCAAGCUAACCACAACCUCUGUGUGGUUUAUGUUGAGCAGGGAGAUUUACUAAAGGCAGAGAAGUGCCUCGUAGAGACAGUCAAAUUAGCACCCAAUGAGAAAUAUAUACAAGACCAUUUAAGUAUUGUUAGAGGUAGACUUCAGAAAGCAUAUCAGCAGAUGAAAGCGCAGCAGCAGCAAGCAAAGAAGAAACCAGUUACAUGACAACAAAUUAAGUCCAGAAAUUCAUCAAACAGUUCGGCUUUACAUUGACCAGCUCAUGAAUAAUUUGGGUGAGAACACUUAUCAACACCGUUGUUGAAAACAAAUGAGAUUCAGACAUUCUGGAGAUUGUGUGAGUUCCAUGAACUACAACGAAGACAACUGUCUCAUCUUGCCAUGAUCUACAAAGCAGCAGGUCUACAAGUCUUAUUCCCUCCAGUGUUACAUAUAUAUUAACUUGGCACACACUCGUGCAGUGACAUAAGCCAGCUUGGAGGCAAUUACAACACCAAAUGAAGUGCUCUCUUUGUAGGGAAUGUUGUAGAAGGCAUCAGAUUCCCUCCUUGGCUGUGUUUUCUUGCCAGCACCACUCUUACCAGCCAGUCUCUGAGACACAAGGGGUGUAGUUACAGGUCAACAAUGUCAAUUUGUUUCUAUUAGGUUUGUACAUGUAGGGCUGUUGUUAGGCCUACUGACUGUUUGGAACUACUCGAGUAUGUUGAUUAAAUGAAAGUUCUUUAUUUUUUUGGCAGAAAAAUUUGAAUGGAUAUUGUAACCAAAUUAGUGUAGAAUAUGAGACACAAAAGGAUCAUGGUGGAAAAAUGAUGCAGCAAAAUAUCUACAUGGUGGUAGUAUUGGAUGUCUUUCCACCCAAGUGGUGGGACUUUGAUGUAUUCACACAGUGCCAAAACAAAGAGAAAAAAGACAGCAUUAUCUGUGUGAAGGCUGAAUUACAUGGCUAGGUUACUCUCAGUUCAAGUGGUCCGAUAUGUUGUCUGAAUAGUAUUACAACUUAUACAUAAGAAUCAUUAUCUUGCAUUAUGGGUUCUAGGGUAUGAUAGGCCUCGAAAAGGUAGACGUGGAUUUUUUUUUUUUUUUUUUGUCUUCCAUUACUCUGAGGUGGCUUAUUUUGAUUUGAUGUAAACACUUAAAGAGGGAGUAUAAAAUGCAUACAAUAUGUUCAUGGUAUGAUAAGAGGCGGAUGCAAAUUACAUUAUGUUCUGGGUGGAAUAAAAGCAAAUCAAUGCCUAGUUAACCACUUCCUUACACAAGAGAAGGGAGUUGUAUCAGGAUUAUUUAGUAAGCUGAUGAAUUGAUUCUGCAUUUUUUGUUUGUGAACAAACCAAUGAGGAUUCAUGUUAAAAUCACUGUAUAGAUCUUGAUAAAAAUAGAAGUAUAUAUAUUGAUGCACCUUGAAAGAUCUACAUUAUAGUUGUUAAACUUAUUAUAGUUGUUGACUGUAUUUAACAACUAUAAUGUAGAUCUUUCAAGGUGCAUCAAUAUAUAUAUACUUCUAUGAACAAACCGAUGUGACAUUUAGAUUGCACAAAAGAAGAAAAACUAAAUUUAGCAUAUGGUGUCUUAUUUUGCAACUUAAGUGUUCCUUAUUUUGUGAUUUUGACUAAUGUUCUGAUGCUGAAUUUAAACAUUAAAAUCAGUGUCAAGGACCAGGACAGUGCAAUGGCAUCUUUACGACCUACAUUUUAUUAAACCAAGGCAUACAUUCCAAUGAGAAGGCUGGAUGGAGGGAUGUAUUCAUUUUAUCAAGGGUCCAUGAAGUGGAUUCUCCAUUUUAUAUUUUGACUGUAUAAAUUUUGUAAUUUUUACCCUGGGCAAGUGGUCAGAGAUCACCUUGUUUUUAAUUUUUGGAGUAAUAUGACAACAGUCCAUCUUGCUGCUGUAGUUCCAAGUUAAGAGACUGAAAUAUUAUUGUAGUUUUAAUCAUUUGACUUUAGAAGUCAUAAAUAGUCAGACAAAUGCAAAUUUAGUUCUUCUCAGUUGAAGUUGUCUUUUGGACCUCGUUUUAGAAAAUCUGUUGAGGUUUGCAGGAGCAGGUGUCCUAAGGUUUCAGGUCCUACCCAGAUUCUAAUUUUCAUGGUGUAGAUGCAGUGAAUGUGAUAAGUUUAUGUAUUUAAGGUUGUUAUGUAGUUGUGCUCAUUAUAUUUUUUAUUAGCGAUGACGUUUUUUCUAGGAUUCUCGAAACAAUUAAGUACCCUAACAUAUUGUUAAUUGAAUCCUUUUUAUUGUCAGGGGGCAUAUUCCAUAUAUGUAAUAUAGUUUCUUCUUCUUCCAAUCCCAGUAGAUAAAGAACAGAUAAAUUAGUAUUUUAUGGUAUGCCUGUGUUACAAGUUUUGUGGAAUGCUGUGUGUUCAAAUAAUUUUUCCUCAAGACAAGUAUAUAUGACUAAACACUGAUUUUAAUUGUAUGACAACCAGAGCAAUGUGACUUUUGUGUAUAGCCAAUGUACAAAUGAUUAAUAUCUCUUACUUAAGUUAUUUUCAAAUUAUAUGUGCUAUUUUCUGCAAUAUCAAUUUCAGUUGAGAAUCUUUAAAAUAUUAGUUAGACUUAAGACUUUUUAGUUUUGGCUAGGGCCUAGCCUGAAUCGUUUUAUAGUGCAGUUUUUCUUCAUAAUGUGUUGAUCCACAUGGAACUGAACUUGUGAUACAAUAUCUUAAAUGUUUCUUGCAUAAACAAAUUUAUUAUUGAUAGAAGUUCUUUUCAAUAUUAAAACUCUAAAAUCU